GGAGAGCGCUGCGUGACACCAAGGUCGGGCAUUGCGCACGGGAGCUAGCGCCCAGCGCAGCCACAGCGCUUAUUCUGGACCUCUCCUCCAUACCGCCACCUUGACCAGCGAGUCAGCAACAUGUCCACCGCCAUUGCGACGUCCUCGUCCAUACCGACCUUACCUACAACGAACAUGGGCUCUGAGAAGAGUAUCAAACGCAAACUCGAGGAUGCUAUUCACACCCUAGACGAGGCGGUCGCACCUGCUACGUCGUCGCUAGACCAGCGCCCACCCACAAAGAAACAAAGAACAACUAAGAAUCUGUACGCUACCCUUGCGAAGUACGGGAUUCGAAAGGAGCCUAAGGCAAUUGACCCAGCGAACGAACUCCAGACACUCGCAAAGACUGCCCCUCACCUAGCUGCGAUCCUCUCCCGCAGCGCGACACGCACACGACAGGCACUGCCCUGGAAGCUCGGGCACCCGCCACGCUCUGCCACAGCGCCCUCCUCGACCGCCGAAUACCGCCCCUCCUCGAUGCAGUCCUUCCUCUCACGCCUCUCCACGUUCAAGCUCUCUACCUAUUCCAACAAGCCGCCCGCCAUCGACGCGGUCGCCGCAGCCAAGUGCGGCUGGGUCAACGACGGCAAGGACCGGCUCGUGUGCGGGAUAUGCGACAUGUCGUGGGUCGUCGCGGGGCGCGAGGGCAUGAGCAGAGAUGCCGCCAACACUUUGGUGGAGAAGCAACGUGCCCAGCUGGUGGAUAUGCACAAGGAUGGGUGUCCGUGGAAGACUAGACAAUGCGAUGACUCGAUAUACAGGAUACCUUUGCAAGCACCCUUGGCUAUGGCGAGGGAGAUCAAGUCGCGCGCAGCGGCGCUAGACACUGUAAUGCAAGGCGUUGAAAUCAAGCACCCAAUGGCAUCUACCCAAGUCCAAUCGCUGCUGUCGACUGUCUCGACCGUUCGCGUCCGGACAUUCGCCAUCCCUGACUCGGACCCGGAUGACCCCAUGUCUAGCGACAACGGCGAGCCAGAUGAAGAGCCACAGCCCUCGGAAAUUGCUGUCGUCGCAGCGUUGUUCGGCUGGUCAGUCCUGCCACCAGCUCCGCCUCCCGAGCGGCCGCGGACACAAUCGCUGUCUCGCGCAACCUCCGUGGCGCCGUCGACCCCCACAAGAACACCAGCUCGCGCGGCAUCUGUUAUGUCCCUGCGAGAGGGUACGCCCACGCCAGGGAGUUCCAGUCGUGCUCGGAUCAUGCUAGGCCAGCCAAACAGUCGGGCAUCGACACCGGCGCCUGCACCCGCACCAGCGAAACCGGAUACGACCCUCCUGCAUUGCGCCCUCUGCCAGCGCCGCGUCGGGCUCUGGGCGUUCAUGUCUCCGCCGCAGACGAACGGCGCCGCCACGACGGACGCACGGCCACAACAACGACGGCAGCUUGACGUGCUCCGCGAACACAGGUCGUACUGCCCGUACGUCGUGCGCUCGACGGUCGUGCCGUCCAUGCCUGCCCCGCAAUCGGAGGGUGCGCCGGCCCGGUCUGCGACGACGGAGCCAGCCACGGUCGAGGGGUGGCGAGCUGUGCUGACUGCGGUGAUGAGGCAUGGGAUGGCGCGCAAGCAGCGCUUUGGGCAUGGCCGGAGCGUGAGCGGGAGGUCGGCAAGUGGGUCGGUCUUCUCGAAUGGGCAGCCGCUGGAGAAUGAGGCGGAAGUGGACUCUGUGGAGGCGAUGGUUGCUGGCGUCAAGAGUCGUGGAGGCAGGGAUCUCUUGAAGUAUGUCAAGGGAUUACUUGGAUGAGGGGGAUGUUGGACUGUAUUGCUGCUUCAUUGUCUUUGUGUUAUGGAGGAUGCUGAAUUUGUAGUUGCUCUGUUGUUUUGAAGAUCGUGCUCCCAUUGUUCGGCGUAUUACAUAUGCGGCUACCCGAUCUGAAGAUGAUUCAAACGACACAAGCCGUAAUAUCUGAUGAGGUUGUGUGGCACGAAAUACCUGUCUCAGAUAAGGAGUGCGUGCAAAUACUCAGUACUCAGGCCUAGGACUCUGGUGUUUUCCGACCCAUCUCGAGGGUGUGUGCUACUCAAGCAAAGGGUCCCAAGGCCCCGAGCGGUCAAACGAUAUUAGAGUAGUUGAGAUGCAGAAGAAACAGUGAGAGUCGGAUCUCUUCACCGUGAGCCCUAUUAUGCUCUGUUCUGUGCGUUUGAUGCCCUUGUAACAUACUCUAUCCAAC